AUGGGGGUGCAGCCGCUGCUACCAGCCCUUGACCUGCUGCUCAGGCAGUACUGGAGGCUGGCCUCCGAUCUGGUGGACGUCGCGAGCCCGCAAGAGAACUUUAUUUCGCGCCUGUCGUCGGACUGGCGCUAUGAACGCGCUCUGCAGGGCAUCCGCCUGCUGGUGCAGCACCACACCGGCCUGCUGGUGCAGCACCUCAUGGGGUGGCGGCAGCAGAUCACCGACGAGAUCAAGAAAGCGUACAGCGGCGGCGGCGGCGGCGCGGGCGGCGGCGGCAGCGGCGUGCUGAACGUGCAGGGCAUCUGCAAGCGGGCGGCAAUGGAGAUAAUCUUCCUGGAGGCCUCCCACGUGGUGCUGGAGGAGUUCAGGCCCGAGUUCUUCUCUGACCGCCUCUUCUGCUUGUUCUUCGACAACAUGCAGCAGCUGGCGUUCCGCUGGCUGGUCAAGUCGGAGGAGUACGUGCCGCAUCAGGAGCUGACCGGCCUGCGUACCCAACUGGUGGUCAACAGCGUGCGGCUGGUGGCGGCGAUGUCGCGCAUACGGCUGCCGGACAUCACGCAGCAGCAGCAGCAGCAGCAGCAGCAGCAGCAGCAGCAGCAAGCCGAUCCUGUCAGGUUCCUCUUCUUGCGCAAGCUGGACGAGCACAUCAACCCGCGCAAGGACGGCGGCGGCGGCGGCGGGCCCGGCGGCAGCGGCGGCUCUCCUAGCAGCCCCUCUGGCGGGCCGCUCGGCACGGCGGCGCUUCGAACGCAGCUGCUGAAGCUGUGCAACGGCAUGCGGGGCGUGGUGCUUGGUUUUGACAGCGACGCGCAGCUGGCGGCGUCCGUCGACUUUCUGAAGCAGGUGCACCCCCUCAACCACACGGCUGCGUUCAAGAAGAGCCAGGUGCACCACGCGCUGUGCGAGGUGCUCACAGACGUGCUGCGGCCGCUGGUGCGGUCAAACCUGCCGGGCGCCAACGCCGCAAAGCUCAGCCCUGCGCUGCUGAGGGAGUGGCAUGGCCAGGUCCUGCGCCUGAAGAACGACAUCGGACAGUGGGUCAACAAGCACAACAAGCACAUCAGCGUGGGUUACCCUCUGGUGACGCUGCUGGUGUGCCUGGUGGAGCAGGAGCAGUAUGCCAAGCAGAUGGACAUCAUGGCCGACUUCCUGCUCGUGAUCUCGUACCUCGUCCGCGCCGCCGGCCCCGCUGCGCCGACGCAGCAGCACGCCGCGUGGCUGGAUCGCGUCGUGCGGCCCGCGCUCGCGACGGCGCGGAAGGGCGGGCUGGUGCUGGCGCAGGAGCAGCUUGAAUUUGUGAUUGAGCUUGCGGACCUCAACCCGGAGUUCGCCCUCGGGGCCGUCAUCCUUGACAUGCUGCAGCAAGCGGACACGCCUGAGACCCAAACGACGGCGCUGCGCGCGCUCCAGAUCAUGCUGGCGUCCGUACCGGCUGCCGUGGCGGCCGAGGUGCUGCAAGCCGCGGGCGUGCCGGGCGCGGAGCAGGCGGGCGCGGCGGGGGGUGGCCCUGGGGGCGGCGUGGCGCGGCUGCGGCAAAGCGGCGGCGCGGUGGUGCUGCAGCCCCAGCAGCAGCCGGGGCGGAGGAUGGUGCAGGUCUUGCCCCACGUGGCGCUGCAGCUGGUGCGCAGCGGGCGCCACCCCCUGGACCUGCAGGGCGUGGCCCACCUGCUGCCACGCGUCCAGUCAGCGCUCGGCGCCCUGCUGGCCCAGUGCCACCGCACGUUCGGCUCUGCGACCACCUGGUCCGGCGAGGCCGUGGCAAAGGACAAGGCGCCGCAGGCGGUGCUGCUGGGCUGGCUGCUGCGGCUGCUACCGCUGCUGCGGCCGGAGGGGUGGCCGGGGCGGCCGCUGGAGCUUCUGCCGGGGUACACCGCCCACGCAGAAGGGCAGCUGCGGGUGUGCGCGCUGGACGCGCUGCAGGCGGUGAUGCGCUCUGCGCCCGCGCUGCGCGGCGGCGUGCUGGCGAGCGUCGCGCGCUUUCUCAUGUCGAUCCCUGAUGAGGGCGUGCAGCCGACGCGCGAGUGCAUGCUGCUGCUGCGAAAUUUGAUGCAGCUGUGGCUGGGCCUGCUGCUGGACGAGCGCCGAGGGGCCAGCCUCUGCGAGGCCGCCGCGGGCGGCGACGCGGCCGACGCUGCGUAUGCCCUUGCGGCGGGCGGCCCGGCGGGCGCUGCCGGCGCCGCGGCCGCGGCGGAGCUCGACUUGGAGGCUGUGGAGGGCGCGAUGCUGGUGCUGCUGUGCUCGUUCGACGCCACGCUCAGGCGUGACGCGUUCGAGGGCCUGGGGCAGGUGCGGACCCUGCAUCAGCACCUGGCGCAGCGGCGCGCGGCCGCUGCGGCCGCUGCAGCCGCGGCGGCGGCGGAAGCGGGGAGGGAGGCGCCUGGCGGCGGCGGCGGCGGGGGCGUGGGCAGCGGCUUGAAGGCGGCGGGCAGGCUCGGCGCGCGGCACGCGCCAUCAGCUUCCAGUGACUCAAUAGAGUUUGUCCGGGCUUUGGGCGGCUUGGAAGCCCAGCAGGCGCAGCCCGAGCCGGUCACAUACCUCAUGGAUGUCCUGGAAGAGGUGGGCGGCGACGUCGCGCGGCGCUGCUUCUGGGACUUUGGGGACUGGAGUGAUGUGUGGCGGGACACCAAGCCGGCGCCGCCAGGCGUCACCCUAGAGGUUGGCGGGGGCAGGGGGUGCGGCGGCAGGGGGCUGAUGUCGGCGAGCGACGACGUCGGCUGCCUGCGCUGGGCGCGCUGCGCGGUCGACCUCGCGCGCGCGGCCGCGGCUAUGUGCCCGGCGUCCGUGGGCGUCGCGUGCGCGCAGGCGCUGGCCAAGCUUCAGCGCCACGUCACCCGGGACGCCGCGGGCCGCGUGACGCUCCCAGGGGAUCCAAUUGAUGGGCGCGGCCUCGAGGCGUGGCGCGCCCACCUCGCACUGCCCUGCGUCGUGCCGCCGGCGCUGGCGGGGCCGCCGGUGCAGCGGCCGGCGGCGGCGGCUGCGGCGGCGGCUCGAAAGGCGCCGGGCCUCGCUGCGCGCGACCUGGUGCGCGCGCUGCUGUCUGCGCUGUCGGCGGGCGCGCCCCCGAUGCACCAGCAGCUGUACCUAAUGGCCGUCAGCCACUGCAGCAGGGAGCACUACCCCCCCCUCGCGCAGGAGCUGCCCGCGCUCAUGGAGGAGUACCAGCGGCCCAGCACCAGCAGGCAGCGCGCGCGCGGCGCGGGGCGGCCCGAGGAG